UGACCAGCUCUAAUGGAAUCCUCGCGUCAGUGCGUAAUUUGUUCCGGUGGUAUAUGCCAAGCGGACUGGACGAAGGAUUUUAAUACAGUCUUCUUAGAAGGCAACCAUAUCGAACUUGGCUUUCUUCGCUUCAAUAAGAAUGUUUCCCUGCAAGAAUCCCGAAGCCUCACAACACAUGACAAGCGAACACAAAUCAGACUUAAUCCAUCUCCUUAUUUCACCUCCGUAGAGGUCUUCCUCAUCCAUACGUCGUGUUACCAUCUUUUGUGUGAGUUUGCUGGGUCAAAGAUUCGCUCUCAUCAGGUAUUCAAACUCUGCCAGGCGAUUCAGCCUGACCGGGAAAGGAACUUUGGACACGAUUUGAAGAUAAACCCUUCCAUUUGUCCAGACCCGUUCAUAUCCAUAAGGCCUCAGAAAUGUCUCCCUCAGUCGGAAGAAACCGUAUUGCUCUUACAACCAGCUACUGCCAGAUGUUGUGUACCUUUCCUGCUAAGGUUACCGUCAGAGGUCCUAACAAUCAUUUUCGAACACCUAUCACCUUCAGAUCUAGUUCGGUUUUUCUGUACUAGCAAAGAGGCCUUGUCCUACGCUAACUUAUUUUGCCGUACAAAUCCUUUUCAUUUUUACCGCUGCAGCGCGAACACCGCCGGUAUUAAGGAAGACAAGCGAAUUUUGAUGAUUGCGUUCUCGGUUUGGGCUCGGUUGUGUGAAUUGGAUAGAAGAUGGGAAAUUGUGCGAAGAGUGGCGGGAAUCGCCAAACUAGUACCCUUCUUAAGUGACAAGAGCUCAGCUUUGUCGACAUUCGAUCCACGGGCUCCUCUUCGGGCAGUAAACCAUCAAUUCGGUCUAUGUGAAAAUUUAUUGGAUAUUCCGGAUCACGCUAGUACAAUUGAAGUAUGCAGUAUUAGAUUGGAUGGCAAGUGUUACGUUUGUGGCAUUGGUUUUGUUUCUAGGAAGUCAAGGCUAUUCUUUGGCAACAGGACCGAAAGCCUCUGUCAAAUUGAUGUUUCCAAUACGACAAUCGAAACAAUUGAGCUCGCCGUGGAUGCACUGGGGAUUAGAAGUAUAAAGUUUGGCAUUUCACCGUGGUUAUUUGGCGAUCCUGCCUUCAAUUGCUGUUGGGGAGGGAUCAGCCUAAGACGGAACCGUACAAGAAUUCGGAUUAUUCGUGAUGCGCUUAAACUUCGAGACCUCAGCUGGCAUCAGAUGACCCCUCCUUCGUUUGAAGAGACCAUCUUGAUGAAGGAUAAACAUCCGUCCCUAUCUAGCCACUGGUUCAUUGCCGAAGAACAUUACGUACAACAACACCCUGAAAGAGAAAGAGAAUUGGUGGACAGAUUUGGCAAAUUCCCCGUCGAAGCAUUACGGUUUGAACGAGAUCUACAAGCUAUCCAAAUUUACGGUACUGGCGGCCUUAACGGUAUCCUCGGACUAUCUGUACAGAUAUUGUCGCGUACUUAUUGUGUCGGUGCUUGUCAUAUCGUUCCAGCAUCCAUUACAUUACACGCACCUCAUGAAAUACUGACUGAAAUCGAUGUGCGGGCAUCCGAGCUUUACCCUCUCGCAGUGACUUUCAGAACCAACUACAACCGCGAAUUGUCCUCCGAACCAAAUGGGCUUUUAGAACUUGGCGUUAGAUACAGCAUCAGAACUCUCCGCCCGCCCCAGGGAUAUCGCAUCACGGGGCUAUUCUUUCGACUAGAAGGAUUGACGAUCGACUCAAUUGGGCUAAUACUUGGUUCAAGUUAAAACACCCAGGCCAUCGCCAUUUGAUGUAAGUCAUGCCCUGGCCGGUUU